ACGGUCUUACUAAUUGGCAAAGUACAAAAAAAUAAUACUACUCCGAAAUUCUAGUGAAGAAAACCCACGAAAAUUAGCGCAAUGGAAGCCCUAAAUGGAAGAAAUAUAGCACUGCUGGUACUGUGCCUGUGCGCCACCUACGCGCUGGUGGUCGCCGACGUUGAGAAGGAGAUACCGGCCACGAAAUUCGGCCAGAGCUCGGCGCCGACGAUGACUUUUCUUUACUGCUACUCCUGCGGCUAUCGCAAGGCCUUUGAGGACUACGUGAACAUUCUGGGUGAGAAAUACCCGCAGAUCCAGGUGCAUGGCGGCAACUACGACCCGCCGGGCUUCAACUACUAUCUCUCCAAGAUUAUAUUCGCGCUGAAAAUCAUCAUCAUUGUGUCGGUGGUGAGUGCGGUCAGUCCGUUCACCUUCCUCGGCCUGAACACGCCCAGCUGGUGGGGCCACCUGCAGGCUAACAAGAUCUACGCUUGUAUGAUGAUCUUCUUUCUCGGCAACAUGCUCGAGGGCCAGCUCAUAUCGUCGGGUGCGUUCGAGAUAACCCUGAACGAUGUGCCCGUGUGGUCGAAGCUGCAGACGGGUCGCUUCCCAGCGCCCGAAGUACUGUUCCAGAUCAUCGACAACCAUUUGCAGUUCAACGAGAAGGUGCAGGAGAAUCCGGACUUUGUUAAAUAAUAGUGUGGAUGGACAGGCUGGAUGAUGACGCGGAGGCGGGACAACACCAAAUAUCCCACUCUACUACUCCUACAUCCUACACUCUAAGCUCUUGUCCUGAUCUAACCUUAACUUAGCUGUACCUCUCCGUUUCCCCAUUCUUACUUUUAGCGUCACCUCCUUAUAUUUGUAUUUCCUUUAAUUGCUUAGUGAUCUAUAUGUACGUAUAUUUAUGUGUAGCCACCUGUCAUAUGUCGUACGAUAAGCUGCCCGUGAGAGAGAUACGGGUAUACGGGGUACAUCGUGCGAACAGCCUCUGCCUAUACACAGAUGUACCUUGUCCAAUAGCCUUUACGAGAGAAUGUGUAUCAUUACUUGUUAGAUUCGGGGGAGGGAGCAAGCAAACUGAUUACACGCGUAUAUAUGUAGACCUUUUUCAAAUUGUAAUAAAAUUAAAUAUGCUGUCGAGUUUCAAAGCCGAAUGAACCAUAA